AUGGGUGACGAAGUGAAAUUGGCUCAGACGGCUGAUCCUAAUGCCCAAGACACGAUUUUCGGUAAAAUCAUAAGAAAAGAGAUCCCGGCCAAGAUCAUCUACGAGGACGAGCAUCUGCUGGCCUUCCACGAUGUAGCCCCACAAGCUCCGCUCCAUUUCCUGGUCAUUCCGAAGAAGCCUAUCGCCAUGAUUGAGAAGGCCGAAGAAGGUGAUGAAGCUUUGUUGGGGAAGUUGUUGUUGGCCGCUAAAGAUGUGGCCAAGACUGUCGGCAUGGCCAACGGAUACAGGAUCGUAAUUAACAAUGGAAAGGAGGGAUGCCAAAGUGUUUACCAUCUGCAUCUUCAUGUUCUCGGUGGCCGUCAGUUGAACUGGCCUCCAGGAUAA